AUGGCUCCAUCAUCUGAAAUCCAUGCUCAGCUCACCGAGAGAGCACGAAGACUCAAUCAGGACUGGAAACAGAAGAAAGUACCGCAGAAAGCAAGACGACUUGGAACAAUAAAGAAAAAUUCAGAUCUUGGCUACCCUGACGUCCGCAUUGCACUUUCGAAUAUAUGCACAUCACUGACAAUCAACUGCCUACUAACCAUUUUUGCGGAAUUCAAGUUGAAAACUAUAUCACUCGAUUCUGAUGAGCAAGGGAAACCAGUCGGAACUGGACGAAUUGAGAUAUCCAAGGAUGAAUCAAUGAGACUGAUUCAACGGUUUACUGGUAAAAUGAUUGGAUCGAAGGAGAUGAACUUCAAAAUUAUUGCCAUUUCAAAUAUUGAGAAACAUGUGAGGUUUGCUGAGAAACUCGUUGCGAAAACUCCAUUAAAGCAACACGAGAAAACGAGGGGAUUCCUGAAGAAGAUGGAGAAUCAUAAUUUAAAUCCUAAUGUUCUUGUUUCAACUUUUAAAUACCCAACUCUUAAAAUGGCUCCAAUCGUUCACGCCUAUAACCAACGUAUUGAAAUGAUUAGAAGAAUCCACUACCAGAACUGGAAGCUGAAGAAGAAUGCUCAGAAAGAUAAAUCUGUCGGAGCUUCAGAUAUCGGCAAUCCAGAUGCCCGAGUCCUGCUCUCCAAUAUGUGCAUGUCAGUGACUGCCGAUUCUCUUCGAAUCCUCUUCUCCGAUUUCAACGUAAAAACGCUAAGAAUCAAUCACGACAAAAACGGGAAUCCAGUUGGGACUGGAAUUGUAAGUCUCCCAAAAAAGGAUGCCAUCCGAUUGAUCAGACAAUUCCAAGAUGUUGUCAUCGGCUCAUCUGAUAUUCAAUUAAAGUUGAUUGCUGCUUCCAACAUUGAGAAGCGUGUGCGGUUUGCUGACAAACAAGAUGAGAAUGAACCAGCGAAGAGAAUUCUAACAAAACAGCACGAGAAGACGAGAGGAUUCCUGAAGAAGAUGAACACCAACAAUUUGAAUCCAAACAUCCUCGUUUCUACAUUCACCAACUUGUCUAUCUAA